AUGUGUAGUCCCCAAAUCAUACUGGAUAAGAUUGUAGAAAAAAUUGUUGAUUCAGUGAUCCAAUCAGUGGUGUGUCAUAUCCGUUCUGUUUGCUGCUACAAAGAAAACCUGGAGAAGUUGGAUGCUGAAAAGAAAAACCUGGAAGAACAGUGGCAAAAAGUCAAUGACGAAGUUGAUAGAUACACGACCCUUGGUGAAGACAUUGAGGCUAAUGUUUCAAACUGGCAAACAGAGGCGGACAAUAGGAUACAAGAAGUUGAAGAAUUUUUGAACCACAAUACAGAUAAGGAAAGCAUGCAAUGCUUUAAAUUUUCAUGUCCCGACUACAUCUCACGCUACAAAUUGAGCAAGCAAGCAGAAAGGAAGAUUGGUGAUAUCAAAAAUCUCACUCAAAAAGGAAAAUUUGACAAAGUUGCACAUCCUAAACCAGCUCCUCAGAAACUUUUAUUCCCAUCCAGUGCUGAUUUUGUAAGUUUGGAUUAUAUGAGUUUCGAUUCAAGAGAAUUGGUUUUCAAGAGGAUCAUGGAUGCAUUAAAAGAUUCCAAGGUUUACAAGAUUGGGGUGCAUGGACUAGGAGGGGCAGGUAAGACAAAGAUGGUUGAAGAGCUUAGCAAACAAGUGAAAAAAUAUGGACUUUUUGAUGAAGUUGUGAUGGCAGUUGUCUCUCAGGAUGCAAAUGUGAGCAAAAUCCAAUUGCAGUUGGUUGGGGGUUUGAAUCCAAAACCUGAUGUAGAGAAAAUUACUGAUGACCAUGAGAGAGCAAAAAAAUUGUGGCAGAGAUUGGACAAUGGGAAGAAAAAUCUAAUAAUAUUGGAUGAUAUUUGGCAUGAACUAAGCUUGGACACAAUAGGUAUUCCUAUCACAGGUAAGAACAAAGUUGUGAUAACGUCUCGAAAUCGAGAUGUGUGGAAAAAUAUGGAAAUGGAUACAGAAAUUCAGAUAAAAGUACUAUCAAAGACAGAAGCAUGGGCCCUAUUCAAGAAGAAGGUAGGAAAUUCUGUUGAUUCCCCUGAACUACAUGCUACAGCAAAAGAGGUGUGUAAAGAGUGUCAAGGUUUGCCGGUUGCUAUACUUGUACUUGGAGGUGCAUUAAAAGGUAAGGAGAAGCAUGUUUGGAAAAACGCACUUGAGAAGCUGAAAAAGUGUAUGCUAAACAAAAUUGAGGGAAUUAGCCCAAAGUUGUAUGAAUCCAUGAAGUUGAGCUAUGAUUAUUUAUCCAUGGAUGCAAAAUCAUGCUUCUUGCUCUGUUGUAUGUUUCCUGAAGAUGCCGAGAUUCCAAUUGAUGAAUUGGUGAGACAUUGCAUGGCGAGAAGGUUGCUUGUUGAAAAGCAAGAUACACUCGAAAAAGCAAGAGAUGCAGUGCUUACAGUAGUCGAUACACUCAAAACUUGUUCUUUGUUGUUAGAUGACACAAAUAAAAAUGUUGUAAAAAUGCAUGAUGUCAUUCGAGAUGUUGCUGUUUCAAUUGCUGAUGAUGAAAAGGCAAUUCUUGUAAAACAUGGUGUUCAUGAGUGGCCGGAAGAAGGUACAUAUGAAUCUUACUUGGCAAUCUCAUUAAGGUCCAAAACUGUUAAUGAGGUUCCCAAUAAAUUAAGAUGUUCACAACUCCACACCUUAUUGUUGGAAUGUAUCGCUCCCUUGGUUAUUAUUCCAGACAUGUUUUUCGAUGGGAUGGAGAAACUUACAGUUUUCGAAUUGAAUGGAGUACGUAUGUUGCAACUCCCACCAUCACUUGCAAAUUUGGUUAACCUUCGGAUGUUAUCUCUAAAUGAAUGCCAGUUGGAAGACAUAACUAUACUCAAGGAUCUAAAGAACAACCUUGAAGUACUUAGCCUUCGGGGUUCUGAUAUCAAGGCCUUGCCAUCAGAGAUUGGACAAUUGACUCAACUUCGGUUGUUAGAUUUGAGAGAUUGUAAAAAGCUCUCAAAGAUUCCACAAGGCGUCAUAUCCAAUUUAUCUCGCCUGGAAGAAUUGUAUAUUUUAGAUAAUCUUUCGCCAUGGGAGGCCACAAGAGGCAACAAGGAAGGAAUCAAAGUGAAUCUUGAUGAGUUGAGGAAAUUGACGCAAUUAACCACUUUACAUAUACACAUACCAGAUGCCAUGUUACUGCCUAAAGACAUCUGCUUUGAAAACUUGAUCAGAUUUAUAAUAUCAAUGGGUGAAAGGUUUUAUUAUUUGAAAUAUCAGUCAUCAACAAGGAUGUUUAAACUUGUAGGCGUUCCCUUCAGGGAUGAGUUUAAUGUUUUGUUGGAGAGAGCUGAAGUGCUUCAUUUGGAAAAAGUGGAAGGUUUACAGAAGGUGUAUCACAGACUAUAUCCAUCAGGGUCCUUCAAUAAAUUAACUAAAUUAACAAUUGAAGAUUGUAAGUUGAAACAUCUCUUCUCCCCAUCAUGCGCAAGAGGACUUCUGCGAAUUCAACGACUAGUAAUAAGAAAUUGUGAGGUCAUGGAAGGAAUUGUUGAAAAUGAAGGAAAAAAAAAUGAAGAGGCAGUCACAAGUGAGGCAAUUAAUUUUAGUCAAUUGAAAUAUAUGGAGUUGGGAAAUCUACCCAGCCUCGUAAGCUUCUACCCCAAAAUGGAGAGGACGUCGACCGCUAAGGAAAAUUCAUCUACCCAAGCACACUCUCUCUUUAAUGAAAAGGUUACGUUCCCUGCCGUGGAGCAAUUUUAUAUUAACGGACUACCAAAGCUGACAGAGAUAUGGGACAGGAAAUUACCUCCAUCAGAGUCCUUUAAAGAAUUGCGGGACGUGAACAUCUGGAGCUGUGAGAAACUGGUGAAUGUCGGUUUGUCCAAUAUGCCCCGACAAUUACUGAAACUAAGAAAACUUCUUGUAGCAUAUUGUCAAGAGCUGAAAGUAGUAGUAUUGGAGAAUGGGGAAGAAAAUGAAAAGGCAGAAAAUAACACUAAUACCAUCUUGUUCCCUCAACUAACGGGAUUGGCGCUUUUACAUUUGGAGAGCCUCAAAAGCUUUUGCACCUCUAGAUCUGAAAGACAAUCCCUUUUCACUAGCCAGGUAUGA